AACUAAAUAAGACCGCACUGGUUGUUCUAAGCAAUUUAUACGCGAAACCGCUCGGAGGUCAAUAGUUCAGCCUAGGGUGUAUGUGUGGAAUUCAUUACUACACGCGAAUUGGCGUGCUAAGGUUGUCUGAGAACACGUCCGGAAGAACGGCCGCACCACCUAUCUACUACAGGCUGACAUAUUUGCAAAGAUUAUGCAACGACAAGUAAGAUCGAAAGAAAAUCCAUGCUACGAAAUGAGCAGGGCUCAUGGAACUCCUCGUAGCCUUCACAAGGCUGAUGGUGACAAGGAAAACAAAACAACCGGAAAGGCUAACCAAACGAAACCAAAGCCCACACCGACUAUAACGGGGCAAAAAGAACUGGAGAAAAUUGUCGAGAUUCGUCAAUUCGACAUGAGUUACGAUGGGGGAGUAUACGAAGUCAUCCCCAACUUUGACGCCAAGACACUUCCAAAAGACAGACAGCCACGGUUCGGGAAUGACCACAGGGACGCAAUGUACGACACAUUGAACACGAUAACACAAGCAACGCAACAACAAAUGGAUUUAUUUCGUCGUAUGAUGUAUUUCAUGACGGUGCUCCUCUUGAUAGUCUUUCUCACAGCUACAAGCAGCCUAAUCUUGACUGUCAUGAUGCUCAUGUCGGACAACACCUUGAGUUCGAAUCAGCCCACUUCCUCGCCAGAAACUACAGAAAGUACAUCGACCAGAUGUGGAGAAAGUGUGUUACUCCAAGAGUUAAAAGUGAAGAUAUCAGAACUGGAAGAAGCAUUGAAUCUCUCUCAGAAAGCUAUAGCAAACUUAACAACUCAGGGAUCAAAAUGCAGCCAGUGCACAGGUCCGCCGGGUCCCACCGGCCCUCAAGGGUCACCAGGGCCCAUGGGACCUAGGGGCUUCAAUGGCACUAAAGGAAAUGAAGGACCAAUGGGCCCUAGCGGCGUAAACGGAAAUCAUGGCGCACCGGGCAUUCCUGGAACCCAAGGACCAAUGGGCCCCAGAGGUGUAAACGGCUCUCAAGGCCCGCCAGGGUCCCUUGGAAUUCAAGGACCAAUGGGCCCAAGAGGUGUAAACGGCUCUCAAGGCCCGCCAGGGUCCCCUGGAGAUCCAGGACCAAUGGGCCCUCCUGGCAAGGCACUACAGGGUAGCUCUGGAGCCUGGAAUGUUAGUCGCUGUCAGCACUGGAACAGCACGACAAUUAAAGAGACGGCGACCGACGCAAAGGCUACUGUGCGAGAAGAUGCCCAUCCGGGCAUGAAGAUUGUUGGCGCCACGUGUUCAGCAAAAAACGCAAAAGAGUACGCUUUUCUGGGAGGAGAAAUUGACCCGAGCACAAAUACGAUUGUCUACAACUGCGAAUGUCAGAAAAAACUUCAUGCUGUUGGUAAAUUAGUAUGCGUUGUGUAUUACUGGAUCUGCCCCUUUACCGGUUAAAGAGAAGUGCCAAGUAAAAGCUUGAAGAUGAUUGUGUAUAUAUCCUUUAAACUGCAGUGCUCGGAAUUCAUUUUGUUGCACUAAGUAACUGAUCAUUCAUUGACAUAAAGUUUGCAAUCUAUUUCUUCAUAGAGUAGACAGGCAAGGCCACAAAUACCGUGCUCGUAAAAUUGCUUAAUUUACAAACCAUGUUUCCAUUUACUAAGAAACUUAAAUCUACACAGCGAGUAACCAAGUAGUUAGUGUUGUUUAUAGAUGUGAAUUGGAAUAGACUAUUAUAUAUUUUAACACUGAAAUUGACGAUUUCCAUGCCUCCACCUGAUACUCACAAGCCCUACAGAGUUAUAACCGUCUAGUUGCUCACUUGAUCCAUGGCUUAGUGAUGAUGAUUUUUAAAUUGCUUCAAGGAGAGGUUGGCCCCUCGUGAAAUGAGCUACCAGUGCGAAGCUCUACGGAAAAAAAAGAAAUAAUAAUAAUAAUAAUAAUAAUAAAAUGUAUUAAAUACAUUUUAGAAUUUCGAAGAGUACAAAAACGCGUUUGUAAAGGAGCAUCUUCGCGUUUUCAUAAUGUUUAUCUGCCAGUCACCACUAACACAACUGAAGCACUCGGAGAGUAUCCGUGACUCGACAUUGCAGGAUCAGUAUCAAGACAGUAGAAAGCCUUCUGAUUGGCUAAUUGCGAAUUUGAGUAGAGUAAUAUGUUUUAUAUCUACUAUACGAAAACUAUCACAGUAACUAUUGAGAAUCUUGUUCAGCUGACAUGUCCGUUUAAUUCAGCUUGCGCAAUUCAUUCAAUGUAAAAGAGGGGCACAUUUGUGGGCACAUAUCUCAUUGACAAAAUUACUCAUGGUUGCUACAGGCAUCACUUUUCAAAAUUCCCUGACUUUUCCCUGAUAAAAAUAAAACUUCUCUGACUAAAUAAAUACAAAAUGUCAGAUCUAGUAGCAGCUAUUAGCUUCAACUUACAGCCGUCCUUUUUACACCUUCAUUAAGACUGAUAAAUUUUUGACAAAUUUUCUUUCUUCGUUAAGGAAAAAUAUCGUUGAGAUCACAGUGACGCCAAAUGUUUCUUCCAGCCUUCAACGGUAUUAAAUCAGCCGUGUUACGUUAUUUCAAUUUCCCCUGACUCUAAAUAAAAUUCUCUGACUUUUCCCUGAUCUUGAAGACAUAUUGUUUUGACCAUUUCGUGACCUGUGGCGACCUUGUUAGUCGGAGAGGAUGGUUAUACACUACUCGUCCCUAGUCUCCAUUCGAUAAGAAGCAGAAACCGAACAAAGACUUAAGAAAAGUUGGGGUUUAUAGUAAUACCGGUUUGCUUGAACCUUUUGUGUCAAGUAUAUAACAGCCUGGUAUGAAUUGUUGGAUAUUAUUUAGGUUCUCAAUCGUUUCCUUCUAAAAGUUGUACAUAGUUGUACAUAACUUAAUGCCGAUGACUAAUUUCCUACUAAUUUCCUAUCAAUUCAUUAAUUGACUUCGUCGUAACAAUGUUAUGUCGUAAACAAUAUAUAUAUAUAUUAAUCACACCAAGGCAAAUUUCGACUUACUUUAAAUGUUCUUUGUUUCCUAUUUUUUAAAUAGAGCAGUAUUCAUUGACGUAGUUAUGACAAUCUUAUAGCCAUAUUCGAUGUACAUAAAAUACAUAGAUUGUUUUUCUUUAAGAUUAGGGAAGUUGAACUAGCGCGACGGCUGUUUUGAGAAACAAACUAACGGUUUUUUAAGUAUGCAGCGGGAUUGUUGCAAACCAUGUACUGGAGAACCGUUAAACUUCUGGUUUAGAACCGUGUUUUCGGCCAGCGUUUUCAUCGUUGUAGCUUUGAUUCCCUAAUAUUGACGCUCGGCGACUUUGUUAAAACAGUAGAGAGGUUAAACAAUAACGACAACGACCACGAGGGCAACGCCUAGUACAAAAUGAACCAACAUUUUACCUUCGAAUUUCGCAAUUGUCUAGAUCUGUUAAGUGCGUCUUUUUGUCUCAGAACUUGUUCAAGCUAAAUAUGUGACGGCAUCGUUUAAUUCCGAAUGAAAAUACGUCGUUCGCGUUCUCCAAACUACGUAGAACUUAGCCAUUUCACGUUGUUGUUGUGCAGGGGACGGCAAAGAAAUGUAUGACGCUUUAUAACGCACGUGCACAGUCAUUGUUCCACCCCUUAAACUGUUUGUUUGGUGACGUUUUCGUUGCCGUUGCCGCCGUGGUUUGCUUUAGCUCUCUUGUAUUCAGCACUAUGGCUGACUUAAAGACUACGACUAAUUCUACUGGUUAGUUUUGUAACGAAUUGAUAGCUUUUAAUCCAUUUAUUUAAAAUUUGUAGGCUUGAAAUGCAAACGAUUGCAAGUACAAGUAAUUUCUUAAGUGACCACGCUGUGAAAAUAUCACGGCGGAAAAGUUAAUAAUGAGAUUAACAGACUGCAUGACUAUUUAUCAACAAAAUGCAUUUCCAAAUCGUAUAGGAAUAACGUAUAGCAACUUAUAGGAAUAUUGUUCUGUUGCUUAGUAUUACAGAGUAAUGAAGUUUGUUAGGUAGAUAGCUAUAAGCAAAGUUAGAGUAAAGUAUUACUGAUUAAUAACUAGAAGUUAAUGUAAAUCAUCAUUAUUAUUAUUGUAUAAUUAAUCAAUCAGCAAACAAAUACACGAUUGCAAGACUGAUUGAAAACAUUUUCAUUUUUUUUUCUAUUAUUUUUACUUUUUAUAUUAAAGUUUGCAAACUUAAAA